AUGGGUGAAAGAGUUCUAGUGUUCCUACUCUUCCUUUUCUGUUAUUUCUUUGUUGUUGUGGUAACAAAAACAUCAAAUGAUGAUUACCUUGCACUUUCGGCUAUAAAGUAUGAGUGGAAGAAUACGCCACCGAGUUGGGAGCGCUCGCAGGAUCCUUGUGGUGGACGUUGGGAGGGCAUUGAGUGUUUCAAUUCGCGCGUUAUCAGCAUAUCAUUGUCAAGCAUGGAUUUGUCUGGCCAGCUUUCAUCAGAAAUUGGAUCACUUUCUGAAUUGCAGAUUUUGGUUCUGUCCUACAACAAGAAUUUAACAGGACCGCUUCCCGCUGAAAUCGGAAACUUGAAAAAACUGAAAAAUUUACAGCUUAUUAACUGCGGCUUCAGCGGUCCUAUCCCAGAUACAAUAGGAAAUCUACAACAGCUUGUAUUCCUAUCUUUGAAUUCUAAUAGAUUUAGUGGAACAAUUCCAGCUUCUAUUGGUAAUCUCUUGAGUAUUAAUUGGCUAGACUUAGCAGAAAACCAGCUUCAGGGUCCUAUCCCAAUAUCUAGUGGAACUACUCCCGGUCUCGAUAUGCUGCACAAAACAAAACACUUUCAUUUUGGGAAGAAUAAGCUUUCGGGGACUAUUCCAGCUCAACUUUUUAGUUCUGAAAUGUCAUUGAUACAUGUGCUUUUCGAAAGCAACAAAUUUACUGGCAGCAUUCCAUCUACACUUGGACUUGUGCAGACACUUGAAGUUGUGCGCUUGGAUAACAAUUCGUUAAGUGGACCUGUGCCUCAAAACAUCAACAAUCUUACAAACGUUAGAGAAUUGUUCCUGUCCUCGAAUCACCUAUCCGGUUCCCUGCCAAACCUCUCUGGAAUGAACGUCCUCAGUUACCUGGAUAUGAGCUAUAACCAAUUCGAUCAAUCAGAUUUUCCAUCAUGGCUAUCAAAUCUUCAGUCUCUAACAACAAUAAUGAUGGAGAAAACACAACUUCAAGGACCUGUUCCUGUUUCUUUGUUCAGCCUGGUACAGUUACAGACAGUGAUGCUGAAAAACAACCAGCUGAAUGGAACUUUAGAUAUUGGCACGACCAUUAGUGACCAACUGGGAGUCAUUGAUUUGCAGACCAAUUUUAUUGAAAAAUUUGCUCCACAAAUCGAUGUUUCUAAAGUGGAGAUAACACUUGUAGAAAAUCCUUAUUGCGAUGAAGGACUCCCAGCAGCGAAACAAACCUACUGCUCCAUUGCAAAAAACAACGACUCAUAUACAACGCCGCUAAAUAACUGUGUGCCAGUUGCCUGCGACUCGAAUCAGAUAUUAAGCCCGAAUUGCAAAUGUGCAUACCCUUAUACAGGAACUUUAACUCUUAGAGCUCCUUCUUUCUCUGACUUGGGAAACAAGACAGUGUUUGAUAUGCUAGGUUUCACUCUUAUGGAGUCUUUUAGAAAUCAUGACAAACCUGUGGAUUCAGUUUCUUUAAGCAAUCCAAGGAAGAAUGUGUAUCAGUAUCUUGAUUUGAGUUUAGAAAUAUUUCCAUCGGACCAAAAUUCUUUCAAUAGAACCGGUAUUUCCGGCAUAGGCUUUAUGCUUAGCAACCAAACAUACAAGCCCCGUGCUGACAUUUUUGGACCAUUUUAUUUCAUUGCUGAUGAGUAUGAUCAUUAUCUGAAUGAUUCAGUAAUAGAAGAAGGGCCUGUGAAAUCAAGUAAAUCCUCGAAUAUUGGCAUCAUCGCUGGAGCUGCUAUUGGUGGUUGUGUCCUGGUUGUGUUAUUACUCCUUGCAGUUGUUUAUGGUUUCCGCCAAAAGAACAAGGCAAAAAGAGAAGCUAAGAAAAGCAGUCUUUUUGAACAAUGGGGUCCUGAUGAGAGCAAUAAUAGCAUCCCACAGUUGAAAGGUGCGAGGCGCUUCAGUUUCGAAGAGAUUCAGAACUCCACCAAAAAGUUUUCGCAACUCAACUAUGUAGGAUCUGGGGGUUAUGGGAAGGUUUAUAGGGGAACUCUUCUCAAUGGACAAUUAAUUGCCGUAAAACGAGCUCAACAGGAAUCAAUCCAAGGAGGAUUGGAAUUCAAAACAGAGAUUGAACUUCUAUCAAGGGUCCACCAUAAAAAUCUUGUUAGCCUUAUCGGUUUCUGCUUUGAGCAAGGCGAACAAAUAUUGGUUUAUGAGUAUGUUGUAAAUGGUACUUUGACAGAUGCUCUUUCAGGGAAGUCAGGAAUUAGAUUGGACUGGAUUAGAAGGCUAAAAAUAGCCCUUGGUGCUGCUAGGGGGUUGGAUUAUCUUCAUGAACAUGCUAAUCCUCCUAUCAUACAUAGAGAUGUCAAAUCGACGAACAUUUUACUCGACGAACGCUUGAAUGCUAAAGUUUCUGAUUUUGGUCUCUCCAAGCCUUUGGGUGAUGGUGCAAAAGGUUAUAUUACAACUCAAGUCAAAGGGACAAUGGGCUACUUGGAUCCAGAAUAUUACAUGACACAGCAAUUGACAGAGAAAAGUGAUGUUUAUAGCUUUGGAGUACUAAUGUUGGAGUUGAUAACUGCAAGAAGGCCAAUAGAACGAGGGAAAUACAUUGUGAAAGUGGUUAAGAAUGCUAUUGACAAGACAAAAGAGUUAAACGGUCUUACGGAAAUCCUCGAUCCUAUCAUUGAUUUUAAGGCAUCAUUGAACAGUUUUGAAAAAUUUAUAGAUCUUACAAUGAAAUGUGUUGAAGAGUCAAGUUCAAAUAGGCCUUCAAUGAACUAUGCACUGAAAGAAAUUGAAAACAUGUUGCUGUUAGCUGGCACAAACCCUAAUGCUGAAUCAGCAUCAACUUCAUCUAGUUAUAAUGCUAGUGGAAACUCUAUGCAUCCUUAUGAAAAUGAGUACUUCGAUUCAAGUGUGGUACUUCCUCGCGCGUAA